GGCUCGCUGGGCGCCGGGCAGUGCGGCAGUGCAGCCUCCGGGAGGAAGCGGGAGCAUCCCGCUCUUCCGGCCGCGCUAAUGGCCGGGCGCGGGGGAGCCGCAUCGCUCCGAGGGGCGGCCGCCCUCCCGGCUGCCUCUCUCCCCAAAUGCACUCCCCGCGUCCCCUCCCCUCGCCCCUCUUUGUGCGAGCGCUUUCUCGGGCGAUUUUGCACGCUCCGCUGAUCGCUCGCCGCGACCCGCGCGAGGUUUCGCUGCCUCAUGAAGAUUUAUGGGACUGCAGUAAUAAACUGGGUUUGAGACGUUCCUCUGGAUGAUAAAACCCCGCCGAGCCGCUGCUAAAGAGGGGAUCCCAGCCGGAUCCCGCAGCCGCUCCGCUUUUGGGGGCCUUUCCCUGCCCUGUCGCUCAGCAGCUCCCGCCAGCGCCGUUCCUGAAGAUUUCCACCCAAACCGGUCGCUCCGGUCUCGCUGUUUUCCCGGGAAGGACGCGAUGGCCGUGCCCUGCUAGCAGCCCGGGGCUCCGGCCCCGGCACGGGUGACACCUCUGCUGGCAGGUGGGGACGAUGGGUGGAUGAAUCGGCAAAGAGAACCGCGUUCCCUCAACCUCCCUCUGCUCGGAGAGGGGCUGGCCAGGAUCUACCGCGGCAUCCUGGCCGUGGUGGGAGCCCUGCGCCCGGCCAAGGAGCCGCCCGCAGCCCCGGCCGAGCGGAGCGCUGCCCCCUCCGUGCCCCCGGAGCCGCUGCCCGGCCGCCGUGGGAGCCGCGCUGCGCCCGCGGAUCCCGACAGGACGAGCUCGCACAUGAUCUCCGCGGACGAUGCCGAGUACCCGCGCGAGUACCGCACCCUGGGCAACGGCACCCGGCGCUUCUCCAACGUGGGGCUGGUGCACACCUCGGAGCGCCGGCACACCGUGAUCGCCGCCCAGAGCCUGGAGGCGCUCACCGGCCUCCAGAAGACGGAGAUGGAGCGCAAGCGGGACGCCUUCAUGGACCACCUGAAGAGCAAAUACCCGCAGCACGCCCUGGCGCUGCGCGGGCAGCAGGAGCGCCUGCGGGACCAGCAACCCAACUACUGGAGCUUUAAGACCAGGAGCUCCCGGCACUCCCAGGGCUCCCAGCCUGGCCUGGCCGACCAAGCCAAGCUCUCCUUCGCCUCGGCCGAGUCCCUGGAGACCAUGUCGGAGGCGGAGCUGCCGCUGGCCUUCAACAGGAUGAACCGGUUCCGGCAGAGCCUGCCCCUGUCCCGCUCGGCCAGCCAGACCAAGCUGCGCUCCCCAGGGGUGCUGUUCCUGCAGUUUGGGGACGAGACGAGGCGCGUGCACAUCACGCACGAGAUCAGCAGCAUGGACACCCUGCACGCCCUCAUCGUGCACAUGUUCCCGCAGAAGCUCACCAUGGGCAUGCUCAAGUCCCCCAACACCGCCAUCCUCAUCAAGGACGAGUCCCGCAACGUCUUCUACGAGCUGGAGGAUGUCCGAGACAUCCAGGACAGAAGCAUCAUUAAAAUCUACCGGAAAGAGCCGCUCUACGCCUCGUUCCCAGCCUCACACAUCACCAACGGCGACCUGAGGCGGGACAUGGUCUACACCUCCCGGGAAUCCUCCCCCACCCGCCGGCUCAACAACAUCUCCCCAGCCUCCCACCUGGCUUCGGGCUCCCCGCCGCCCGUGCUGCAGUCCUCGUCGCCGUCGCGCUCCCGCAUGUCCUACAGCGGCGGCCGCCCGCCCUCGUACGCCGGCAGCCCCGUGCACCACGGCGAGCGCCUGUCCAGCCUGCCCCCCGCCCAGGGCGUGUCCCCCAGCCCCAGCGCCAUCCUGGAGCGCCGCGACGUCAAACCCGACGAGGACCUGGCGGGCAAGAACGUGGUGCUGGUGAAGAACGAGGGGCUCUACGCGGACCCCUAUGGGAUGGUGCACGAGGGCCGGCUCAGCAUCACCUCCACGCAGUCGCUGGCGGGCAUGGGGGACCCCUUUGGCUACUCAGGGGGGCUCUACAAGCGGGGCUCGGUGCGGUCACUCAGCACCUACUCGGCGGCCGCGCUGCAGACGGAGCUGGAGGACAGUUUGUACAAGCCCAAUGCGCCCAUCUACAGCGACACGUACGGCCCCGGGCUGGGCUUCCGCAUGCCGCCCUCGUCCCCGCAGAAGAUGGUGGAGCCCGGGCAGAGCCCGCACAGCCCCUACUCGGGCCCGCCCAGCCGCUCCUCGCCCGUCCGUCAGUCCUUCCGCAAGGAUUCCUGCUCCUCCGUCUUCAUGGACAGCCCCGUGGGCAAAACGCGCAACCCCAGCUCGUCCGGGCCCCCCGAGCUGUUCCCUGGCCCUGCAGAGCGGCCGCUCUCGGGCUUCGGAUCGCCCGGACCGGCCAAGGACACGGAGACCAGGGAGCGGAUGGAGGCCAUGGAGAAGCAGAUCGCCAGCCUGACGGGGCUGGUGCAGAGCGCGCUGCUCCGCGGCUCCGAGGCCGAGACCCCCAGUGAGAAGACAGAAGCCACCACCAACGGCGGGACCCCCCCAUCAGCGUCCACCAGCCGCAGUGGCAUGGGCACCCCGGUGCCCGCGCCGCCGCCGCCCUCGGCCACCAGCACCCCGGCGGGGCAGCCCACGGCCAUCACCCGCCUGCACAUGCAGCUGCACCUGCACGACCUGCAGCAGAACGCCAGCGACCUCCGCAACCAGCUGCAGCAGCUCAAGAAGCUGCAGCUGCAGAACCAGGAGACGGUGAAGUCGCUGCUGCGGCGGACGGAGACGGAGCUGAGCGUGCGGGUGACGGACACGAUGCGCAAGCACGAGGACCCUCUGCAGCGCCAGCGCAGCUUGGUGGAGGAGGAGCGGCUGCGCUACCUCAACGAGGAGGAGCUCAUCACCCAGCAGCUCAAUGACCUGGAGAAGUCCGUGGAGAAGAUCCAGAAGGAUCUGGCGCACAACCACCGGCUGAUCCCGGCGCAGGAGCUGGAGGAGAAGGCCGUGGUGCUCAAGCAGCUGGGGGAGACCCUGACGGACCUGAAGGCCCAGUUCCCCAGCCUGCAGAGCAAGAUGCGGGUGGUGCUGCGGGUGGAGGUGGAGGCCGUCAAGUUCCUCAAGGAGGAGCCCAACCGCCUGGACGGGCUCCUCAAGCGCUGCAAGACCGUCACCGACACGCUGGCGCAGAUCCGCAGGCAAGUGGAGGAGGGCGCGUGGAGCUCGCCCAGCAGCCUGAGCCAGUCGCCCAAGAAGGUGGCCCCAGAGACGGAUUUCAGCAAAGGGCUGGAGCUGGAGAUGCCCACCAGCCCUCCCGUGAGCCUACACCACCUGACGGGCACCCCCGAGCCCCUGGGCUUCACCCCACAGCCCCAGAGCCACCCCGGCAAGAGCAAUAACCCCUCACGGGCCCCGGAGAUGGUGCCCGCCAAGACGCAGACGGGGCCCGAGACCCCCAGCAAGAAGAGCGCGGACAAAGCCGUGUCUGUGGAGGCGGCCGAGCGGGACUGGGAGGAGAAGCGGGCGGCGCUCACCCAGUACAGCGCCAAGGACAUCAACCGGCUCCUGGAGGAGACGCAGGCCGAGCUCAUGAAGGCCAUCCCCGACCUGGAAUUCGCAGCCAAGCACAAACAAACCCCGGGCAGCGGCAGCGCCGCCUCCACGCCCGAGCACAAACCCUCCAAGCCACAGCACACCCCCAAAUCGGGGGGCAAAGGGGACCCCAACGGCCGCCGGGGCUCAGACGAGCUGACGGUGCCGCGGUACCGCACCGAGAAACCCUCCAAGUCGCCGCCGCCUCCCCCGCCCCGCCGGAGCUUCCCCUCGUCGCACGGGCUGACCACGACCCGCAGCGGAGAGGUCAUUGUCACCAGCAAGAAGGAGCCCGGCUUCAUGAAGAAGGCAGAGUCGGAGGAGCUGGAGACGCCGAAGCCGCAGGUGAAGCUGAGGCGGGCGGUGUCCGAGGUGGUCCGGCCCGCAUCCACCCCGCCCAUCAUCGCCUCGGCCGUCAAGGACGACGACGACGAGGACCGGAUCAUCGCCGAGCUGGAGAGCGGCGGCGUCUCCAUCCCGGCCAUGAAGGUGGUGAAUCCGGCGUCGCGGCUGAAGCAGGGCCAGCAGGGCAGCCCCGACAAGGGCAAGCACAUCAAGCAGCGCAUGGAGUACAUGCGGAUCCAGGGCCAGCAGCAGGCCACUAGACCAUCUAAAGAGGCCAGUGAGACCUCCCCCACGGUCUCAGAAAAACCCGCAGCUGGCAGAACAUCCAUCCCCGUAUUGACUUCCUUUGGGGCCAGGAACUCCUCCAUCUCAUUCUGAGCGCCCCUGCCAGCUCCGCCCGGCCGCUCUCCUGCUCCGGGGGGCUCCUCCUCUCUUCCUCGGGCUCCUCUUCCUCCCUGGGACUUGGCUUCUCCCUGAGGCGCUCUGGAGGGAAUCCGCCACCUGUGUCCCCUCCUCUUUCUGUUUGAUCCAUGUUCUUGUCGCCUCCGCUCCGCCAAACGAACUUUUGUUGUCUCGCCUGUGCCGCGCCUCGGCCCGACCUCUGUGUCCCCUCCCGCUCCGCCAUGGCCAACCAGCCACUUUCUGUUUCUCUCUCUCUCUUUUUUUGGUUUUCCCUCCUUUUCUCCUUUUUUCCCCUCCCCUUUGGAUCGCUGUUGGUUUGGUCCCCCCCUCUCUUUUCCCCCCUUUCCCGUCCCCUCCUUUUUUGGUUUUUUUUUUGUUUUUGUUUUUUUUUCUGUUUAUUUAAGAGCUCUCAGAGCUUCCCCCCACCAGCGUCCAGCCAGGAGCAGCUUCCAGCUCCCACCGGGCGGAAAACCGGGAAGCAGCGGCGGCCGAGGACA